AUGUCUGAAGAAUCCCCAUUGCGUACAGUUGGUUUCGACGCCCGCUUCCCUAACCAGAACCAGACGAAGCACUGCUGGCAAUCGUACGUUGACUACCACAAGUGUGUUAAUGCCAAGGGCGAGGACUUUGGCCCAUGCAAGGUGUUCUUUAGAACCUUUUCAUCUUUGUGCCCUGUCGAGUGGGUCGAAAAGUGGGACGAACAAAGAUCCAAGGGGAUUUUCCCCGGGGACAAGGUCUAG